AGCUGACUUGUUUUGGAAACCUGUCCGUUCUGUGACAUUCCUUCUGUCCAAUCACAGUAGAGCGUGACGUCACCGCUGGUAUAUAUUUGGUUGUAUUUCGCCCUGUGUACUCAUUCCACAACUAGAAGACAACAGCGAUAAGAAACAUGGAGCAGCAGAAUCGGGACUUUUGACAAAGGAAAAUCAGAAAAUGACUGUCAAACGCCAGAAAAUGAAGCGACAGCUCAGCGACGCUUGUCUGCCAUCAGCACAAAGACGGAAUCUACUGGUUUUCGUUGAAGAGUAUCAGAAUACGUGAGGGAUUAGUCUCGACUGUCGCCGUAAUCGAGAGGGAAGAAGGAAAUAUGGCUACGGAGGUUUCCGAGAACGGCUCUCAGCCAACGGCCAUGGAGAAGUUCGGGAUCGGCGGCGGGAUGGCGCUUCUGCCGUGGACCAAGCAGAUGCUCACCGUGCUGUGGGAACAGCUGCGGUUGCUGGUUCAAGUCAUUUACUACACCUUUAUGUCCGUUUUCCAGAUGUUCAGGUUUGAGGUCCACGUGAGGAUCACAGAUGAAACUGGAGAACACAUCCAGCACAUGAGCUCAGCAGCAAACCCAUCUGAAUCCUUCCUGUUCUCCUCCGUGGUUGGUGGUUCGAACCCUCUUUCCAACUUCUGUGCUGACGUUGGCGAUCCUUUCCCCGGGAAAUCCACUGCUGAGGCCCUGCUGUCCAGUCUGCGGGCUGAUGAUCUAUGCUGUGGACUGAUGGAUGACUUGGUGUCCAGAACGGCGGGGAACGAGGACGGCAUCUUUGUCGGGAAACAGUCCACCUGGAAAGUGGGAUUUCCAGGCGAUUGGAACAUCUUCGUGUCGAGCAGUGACAGUUCUUGUUCGAAUGAUGCGUCCCACAGAAACAGCGAGAAGUUCUUCAAAGCAGAUCUAUGUAAGGAGAGAGUUUUCAAACGGGACACUUCAGAGGACGACAGAAGUUCCCAUUGGAGCAGCGAGGAAGAGCCGCAUGUCGUAGAGUUCGAGAGUGAAGACACAAAAGCACUUUGGGAAUCCUUGUCCAAAUCAAACGACCCGUACAACCCCUUCUUUUUCUCUGCCUGCAUUUCAACCAAAACAGACAUGGGGAAAAGCAAAAGCGCAGCAGGAGGCAGCUGUGACGCUGACCUCAAGUUAGCAAGCAAGUCCAAAGAGGAGGUACAAGGGCCUCCAAGGCUGAACAUGUGGCUCUGCCGCUCCGACAGUGAGAGCAGUUGGAGCAGUUGGGCCGGUUCAGAUUGCUCGAGUCCAGAUUUUGACCAGGAGGAAAGUGAUAAACUCUGGGAGCUAUUCAGCAGCCCCGGAGACCCCUACAAUCCUUUGAGCUUCUCAGCCUGUAAGGUCACCUCCCAAACCCGUGCCAACUCUGCCGCCGGACAGGCCUCCUCUCCUGCACCUCCCUCACGGCGCGACCCAGACGAUGAGGAGAAAGAGAGCGGUUCCCCGCCGUCAGAGGAUGACGAAGAAGAGCUGCUCUGGAAAUCUCUCAGCCCAAACCAUGACCCAUACCACCCCCUCAACUUCCAGGCCUCCUUUCAGACCACACCAACACUCCAGCUGGACAAGGCCUCAAAGCUUCCUCCCACGGAGAGCAGAAGACUCACAAAAGCAUCCAAACAAUCCGGACCUGCCAAACCCGCUCUGGCAGAGAGGCCGGUAAAGCAGCACUCCCAUCCCGACAGAAUUCUGGUACCCUGGAAAAGACCACCAGGACAGUCGCCUCCAGAGGAGAGGAAAACCAAGAACGCCUCAUCAAAGCAGGUGCGGUUUUCUCCUCAAGUCCAAGUUCAUGUCAUGCGUACCUGGCCCUUCGCCCGCCAGGCGUCCCGCAAAGGACUGUGGGAAGAAAUGGCGCGGGACAGAGACCGCUUCCGGAGGCGGAUUGUGGAGACGGAGCAAGCCAUUGGCUACUGUUUCAGUCCGCCUCACAGACAGAAGAUCCAGGCAUAUGUAGAAGGUGCCUUGAGAAAAGCAGAAAGGUCCUGAACUCUGACACGAUUGGUUGGUUGUCAGAUGAGGACCCGUGAUUGGUUGCAAUGCAACAGUGAUUUUAAUUUAGUAUUUUUAUUUUGGCCAUCUUAAAUGUUUGGUGUGAAGCUAAACAACCUUGUACCUCAAAGGUUUUAUACAUUGUGUAGCUGUUGCACUGAUGGACACUUUCUCAUAGUAACCUAACAUGUGGAAUGUUGUUUUGUAUGCCUUAUACACUGACUUAGUAAUGUAACCUAUUUAUGCCCUAUGGAGCUUGUUGUGUAUUUUUGACUGUUUUUCUACGUGUGACAGAAUCCCUGUGACGACUGUAGACGUUUAGAAGUGCUAUCACAAAAGCUUUACAGUAGAAGGAAUUUGGAAAUGCUUAUUAUUUUUCUAUUUUAGCAUGAUACGAACAUAUGGAGUUUUUGUGCAGCAGUUCUUUAUUUAAAAUGUAAGAUGUUUGUCUAUUUUUUUCGUACCUUGGCUCAUGAUGGCAGCUUUAACUGUAAAAACUGACACUCGGCCUUUCACGAUGACGUUGUGAACAUUUUUUGUAGCAAACUGAUUGUUCGUACUUGAAAGUCAAUAAAAUUUGUCACACUAUGUUA